CCCUCGUUAGUCCCCGGCUGGCCGAAGGGAAGAGGCAACAUCAUGAGCCAUGUGGUGACUAUUGAGGAGCCCCAGGCCAACCCGCAGGUGUCUCAGACCCGGUGCGGGGUGAGGUCGGGGGCCUGGGGCAACGUCUCCUCCAAUCGACAGUAUGAUUUUCUGUACGAUCCAUUGUUUAUUGUGUCAAGUGAGAAAGACCACACGCAGGCAAAUAUCCAAGCUAACCUGAUUCGAAACAGACUGAGAAAAGUUCCCCGGUUUAGAAGCAUGUUCAGUAACUUGAUCCAUUAUCCAAGAUAUUCUCUGUAUCGGAGCAGGGCAGACCCUGUCCCACCAUUCAUGCGCCAGGAGUGGAAAGGACAGGAGGGGAAACGCAGGGAAGCCCGCGGGCGGUUUGCCAUAACUGAUAAGUCUUUUCAGAUGGCUAAAGAGGCUUAUGAAGAUCCUGAAAUUACUGGAAGGAAUCGCUAUAAAUAUUUUGAAAGGCCUUUCCUUCCAUUUCAUCAACAGAUGCCAUUCAGUGUUGUUUUUGCAGCAACCAAGACAGAGGCAUAUAUUUUCCCUCCUACUUCUGCUAAGUACCCUUCUGUACCUUCAAAGUACACUGUGGGUACUCAGACUGAUUAUCGGGAUGCUGAAGUUCAAACUGAUCCAUAUUCUCCAGAAUAUGUAGUAUGUCAGGAUUCAAUCCCUGAGCUCUUGACCCUGGCUACUCUUACUUGGGGUCGAGGGCUCCCGGCAGGACAAGCUGAGGUUGAGAUGAUAGAACGUGCCCGGGAGAAGCGUGCUUGGGAAGCCACUCUCCCCUGUCUGGGGGACACCUCGCAGUUUGAGAAGAGGAGGAGGAUGAUGAAUGCGAUGGAGAGGAAGGAGUGGGCCUUCAGAGAGCAGGAGAUUGAAAGACUGCAGGAGAUUCGCCUGGAAAUUCUAAAAAAGCUGCUGAGAAAGCGCGAUGAGAAUCAAAACGAAGUGAACAUGAAGCACCUGAAUGCCCGAUGGUGUCAAUUACAGGAAGCAAAGGAGGCAAAAUUGUCACGGAUUCAGCACACACAUGUAUCAGCAAUCAGAAAACUUGUGGGAAAGGGAAAGAAUAUAGAAGGGAAGUUGGAGAGAAGGAAUAUCAUCAGGGAUUAUUGUGAUUAUGCAUCACAGGUCUAUGGACCUCUGUCUCGUCUUGGUCGUUUCCCUGACAACAAUUCAGAGGACUUUGUGGUAAAAAACCACUAUCUCAACACCUAUGAAGGAUUAGUUGAACUUGAGUCAUGUCUCCCAGAUUUUGUGACACAACCCCGAAUCAGACCUCCAAAGCCAAAAGUCGCUACCACGAAAGCUGGUUUUCUCAAGAGGGCAGCAAGGAUGGACCAUGAGUUGGCAGAGGUUCAUAAGGCAAUAUUGGAUAAGAAGAAUAGAGUUCUUGAACCAAAGAAAGUUCUGCGCUUUCUUGAAAGAAAGGCUCUACCUCAACCUCGGCUUCCAACUCCAACCUUGGAAAUGAGUUCCAAUGAAGAAGAAGAUACAGAGAUGGCUGUGAUCUACCUUCAAAAGUUACUCCGGGGAAGAGUCGUUCAGAACACGAUGUUUGAAGGGAAGGAGAAGCGACUGGAGUUGAUCCAGGAGCUGCGCACCAGCCACGCACUGCAAGAGGAUGACAGGCUGCUGAAGAAAGCCGAGAAGCAAGUGACUCUGGCCUUACAGCGGCAGAGGAACUUGCACGAGCACAAGGUCUCACUGGUUGAAAACCAUUUGGCUGGACUGGAAGGAAGGGCGCUGGCGGACAUGUUUGACUUCCUGUCCAAAGAGCUGGUGAGACUGCAGGAAGAGAGGAGGAUCCAUGCUUUUGCCAUGCUGGCCGAGCGGCAGCGGAGGAUGCGAGAAGCUGAAGAGAGUGGUCGGCGCCAAGUCGAGCAAAGGCGGCUGCGGGAGGAGGACCAGAUAUUUAAAGAGGUGAUUAAAGUUCACCAAAGUACUGUAACUUCCUAUCUGGAAGACAUAAUACUGAAUACCGAAGAGAGCACGGCAGAAGAACAAGCCAGGGCAGAAAUUGAGAAGAUGGCUGAGGAAAUCAAUGACAUUGCUUAUGAAAUGGAGAGCCGUCGAACUCAGCUUCAGUCAGAGGAGAUUGUUGCUGAGUUGGUUUAUAGUUUCCUGAUCCCAGAGGUACAAAAGGACUUUGUCAAAGAAAAAGUGAGAAACGCCCAGCGGAAGCAUAUCCUUGCAGCCCAUCAGAUCAUCCACAGCCACACAGAAGACAUGGUCAAUAAGAAUUUUGUGGCGCAACAGCCAGAUGAGGAGGUCUCGGACACUGACAAGUCACCUGAGAAAAAAACUCAAAAAUAAGAAUUGCAGCUAAGGUUAUCUUUUUUAAAAAGAAGCUGUACAAAUCAUCAUAUGGAAUUCCAAUAAUCUAUGCUUCUCCCAAGAUGUGCAACUCUUAUGGACUUGUCAAUGUGUAAUUCAUGAGGAAAGAUCUUUCUUCUCCAUAAACUUCCAAUAAUUUAAAAUUAUUUUCAGUAAUAAUAAACGAAGGAGUUUAUUCUCUUCGGUGUUUCCCAGAUGCUCUACUUCAAGAGAAAAUUUUCUCAUGUCUCAUUUCAACAUUUUGUUAACUAGGAGGAUAUUCUGGCUUGCUGAAUCAAACAAAAAGAAAUGUUAUUGAAUAUUUCUUACGUAGUUUUGGCUUCAUAUUCAUAGUACAUUGACCUUAUCUGCCAAGUUUGAAAGCAUGCAUACCCCAUGACCUGGCAUUUCAUCUCCUAGAUAUAUAUGCAGUAGAAAUACAUGAGUGUGUGCACCAAUAGGCAUGACAAGAAUGUUCAUAGCAGUACUUUUCAUGAUAGCCCCUAAACUAAAAACCCAAACAUCCACUGACAUUGGAAUAGAAAAAUAAACUGUGGUAUAUCCAUACAAUGGCCAUCAACUUACCAUUGAGCUUUAGAUCUAAGAAGAGUAUUCAUGCAACACCCACAGAGAGGGUGCUAUUGGGGAGCAAUCUGUCCGUCCUGUGUCUUAACAAACAUCAUGAUCCCUCCUCAUUUAAAGAUUGGUAAAUAUGAAAAAAACAAAAAAGUCUCAACAACAAAUCUACAUGGGCCCCACAUGCAUGUUACUCUGAAAACAGAAUAAAAGCCUAUCUUAGAAAAUAUCCUUCUCAAUAUUUUCUCCUUGAAUCUCACAAGUCGAGGAAACAGGAGAAGCUUCAGAAGCUAUCUGCUUGGUGAUUUUAAUAGGAAGCAAAAAGAAAUGGCCUCUUAGGAAACUGCAGCAGAGAAUAAGAAGAGCAGACGCCAACAGACAGAUGCAGGCUGAAAAGAAAAGAAAGCUGGCUAAGAUGAAAAAAAAAAAUACAAAAAGAUUAAAAAAUCCAGUGAAACACAUUUGGAUGCAGUUAAAAGAACAGAAAUAUCAAAGCAGAGAAUAAAAGAGGUGAUGUUGCUAACAAAUUUAUUGGCAUCCAAGAUGGUUUGGGAAGGAUAAAGAGAUGAAAAUGACAAAGAGGUUAGCUCUGGAUCACCAAUCCUAAAGCAAUAGGAACCAAAACAAAUAAAAAUAAAGUUAUAAUAAAAGA